AUGGACACGACUCACAAGCGGUAUCCGCUGGCUGUGGCUAUCCCGAUCCUAUCCUUUGUUGCUAUUGCACUCUGCAUUCCGCCGCUGAUUCUGCAUACAAAGAACCGCAACUUCCCAGCUGCGAGUCUCAUCUGCUGGUCUCUCGUUCUCAACCUGUUCAAUAUCAUCAAUGCCUUGCUUUGGCCCACCGAUGAUGUUGACUCGUGGUGGGACGGCACUGGUCUCUGUGAUGUUGAGGUCAAGAUCAUGGUUGCCGGCUAUGUUGCCGUGCCAGGAACCAUCAUGUGUAUCUUCCGCAGCCUGGCCAUUGUACUUGACACCAACCGGGCCACGUUGGUUCCGACCAAAACCCAGCGGUUGCGCAAUCACUUAAUGAAUACUCUGUUCUGUGUGGUUGUUCCGGUUAUUGCGAUGAUCACCCACUACGUCUGGCAGAGGAGCCGGUACUAUCUCUACGCCAUCUCGGGGUGCGUCAACAACUUCGACGAGAGCUGGGUUAGCUUCGUGUUGGCAUAUAUGUGGCCGCCGAUCAUCUGCUUGAUUGCCGGAUACUACUGCUGCCUGGUCCUCAUCCGCCUCCGCAGAUACCGCAGUGACUUCGUGAAUAUCCUACGCGCCUCCCAAAGCAACAUGAGCAAGUCCCGGUUCCUUCGCCUGUUCUUCCUUGCCUUCACUAUGCUCAUCGCCAUUAUCCCGGUCCAGGGUUAUGUCGUCUACUAUGAUCUGACGCUCUCGCUUCCAUGGCACCCAUACUCGUGGAGCCGCAUCCACGGGCCAGCCUGGCACCAGAUCAUCAAAGUACCCACUCAGGGCCUGGUCUUCUUUGACCGCUGGACUCCGAUUGCCUCGGCGGUUAUGAUCUUCAUCUUCUUCGGCUUCGGCCGCGAUGCCACCCGCAUGUACCGCGCCUUUUUCUGGAAACUGGGACUGGGAAAGUGUUUCCCCAAUGUGGCUCGUCCGGUCGACUCUCGUGCCACAGCUCCCGCUGCCAAUACCUCGUCUGCGACUACAGUCGUGGGCUCUUUCGGCAGCAAAGCCAAGCUGUUGUUCGGUCGACGAAAGGCCCCGGUUCCACAGGACGCAUGGCCCGGCAGCCUCCCCUCCACCCGCACAAACUACAACGACAUCGAAAAGGGUAACACUUCUCACCCCAACCAACCCCCCCAAAAGACCUCCUGGUUCCGCUCUCCCUGGUUCCGCAUGCGCCAGCGCCUCGGAUCAGGAGUCCAGGAUCGCGACACCCUUCUGGAAGAUCUGUCCGUGCCCUCGCAGUCUCUCUGUACCAACGCCUGGGCCGGGACGGGCCAGAGCCGCGGCAGCAGCGAGUUGGCUUCCGGUCCUGCUUCCCCGGAGCUUCCGGAGCAACGGGAGUUUAUUCGCGUCAAGCAGGUGAUCAGCCAGCAGAGCGAGAUGCAGGGCUAA